GGCGGAGAGGCGCGGCUUGGCUUGGGUCUGAAGAAACCUGAAUCAUCCCAUUUCUCUUCUCCCUCCCUUCCCUUUGCUUCCGACCUUUUUUUUUAGAUUCUGAAUUCUGAAUUCUGAAUUGUGUUGCUGUGUUAUGUUUAUUGUUUUCUAUCCGUCGUGACCUUGUCAAUCGCUCGCUCUUUUCACUGAUUGACUUUGUAAGUUUUGGUGCUGCCCGGGCUUUGGACUCGGCGGUGCUACCACUACCCAUCGUCACGGCUUCUCUUCUUGUUCUGCCCCGGGCAAUCAUUCUUUUACUGUCCCUUUGACUGAACGACUUUUAAUACCUACUCGACAUAUCAUCAUCUCCAAGAUUUAAUCGCUAUUGUCGAACUGUUAUAUCUGCCGCUCUUUUACAACUGGACCGUAAAAACUCAUAAACAGCUGGACUGUUGGAACAUUCACUCACUACACCAAAUCAAAUUCUGAAACCUAUUGGGGAAGAGCUUGGAUCAUCAUGAAGUUGUUACUCUGGCUUACCGCCGCCCAUGUUGCGCAGGCCGCGGGAAGACAUGGGAUAAUGAAAAAGAGGCAGGCAGAGGUUGAGGGUGUUGCUCAUGCACUCAAGUUCGAAGGACUGAGGCUGUCUUAUAUCACCGAGACUGAAACUGCUACUCAAAAAGUUACCGAGACAGAGACGGCAACUGUUGUUCAGACUGUUCAGGGCGAAGCUGAAGCUGCUGCUGGCGAGGUUGUCACCGUUACCAUCAACGCACCUCCAGUUACUGUCACCGAAACCAAGACUGAAGUCGUCAACGAAGUCCAAACUCAAUUUGUCACUCAGGUUCAAGUUAUGACUCAAUAUGUUACCCAGAUCGCAGCAGCUCCUCCUCCUGUCGUUGAAACCGUUACUCAGGCUCAACUCGUUACAGUGAUCGUUCCAGGAGAAGCCCCAGCGCCUGUUACCGUGAUUCACACCGUGCAAGCCCCCGCUGAGUCUGAUGAUGCUCUUGGGAAGUUUAACCCUGGUGUCACUACGAUCCCCAUUCCCGAGAGCCUUUUGCCCAAGACGACACUCGCAUCUGACCCCUUUGCUGUGGUCGGGCCAAUUAGAUCGGAAACUAUUGUUCCUCAGCAACCUUCCAGCAUUGUCAACCCUGUUGAGAAUCCUGCCCCGACGGCGGUUGCUCCUCAAGAGCCCAGUUCUGUCGAGCAACCAGCCACGACUCAAGUUGCGCCAGUAGAACCCAGCUCUAUCAAGCAGCCUGCGACGACGCAGCCCGUAGUUUCCGAGCAACCUACUACUACUUCUGCUGCGCAAGGGGCUACUACGGAGUCCACCGCUUCUCAGCAGCCUGCCAGUUCCAUUGAAGAACCCAUGGUUAAAGCUUCUUCCACACAAGGAGGGCAACAGACAUAUGCGCCUUCAAUGGAACUCGGCAACAUGGGCCCCGAUACCACAGGGAGACUUGCACAGCCCGCUCUCGACGGAACCAAGCCCACCACUACUGCCAACGCCGAGUCAGCUUCCAGGACACGAGUCCCCAUCGAUCUGUCCGACCCUUCAAAGCUCAGCAGCGUGCUCAACCUGGGCAACUUGGUUGGAGGAAACGGUGCUCUCAAGGCUCGCGCCACUGGCAAGCCUUGAGUCUAUGGUUGAAAUGCGUUAGGGACGAUGAUGUGAAUGGUGAAAAACUUUGAGACGGACUUGGGGAUUUCUUUCGAAUGGGCAUUCGUGCUCGUAAUGUUGUAGCUAGUCUUAUAAUAAUGUGAGCAAGUCUCCAGAGCAUACCAGUCAGCUUUGUGCAUCUAUCUAUGGGUAUCAUGAUGCCAUGCUGUCUACCUAUUCGCGUCCUAGAGCGCCAAUCUCAAAUUUCUUAUUCCUUCUCG